CUGACCGAGGUCACAAAUGCCCAUCGAACAGUGCAGGAAGUGAUUAACAAGCUGUUCCCCUCGGUUCCGUUGGAGGCUCUAGUGGGCCUGUCUCGUGAUGAGCUUGUCGGUCUGGUUUUAAAGACAUCGCAAUCCUCCCAGUCUGUGGUCGACAAAAAAUUGCACACGCUCAGCGUUGAUCUAGAUUGUCUCGAGCCGUCGCCCGAACAAGACUUUACCUGGGAAGAGGCGUCCGAUGAGGAGGUCCCCAGCCAGCGAGUUGCUGACGACGUCAAUUGUCUGUCACUUCCCCUCGAUGAUUCCGCAUCCUCGUAUCUAGGGUUGUCAUCGGUCCGCACAAUCCUGCGGGUGAUUACAAUUGUUUCUCCACGAAUCCGAGAUGCAAAUGCGAUAUCCAAGGGCAAGCAGCAGCAGCCAGAGAUCGUUGAUAAAGUAAAAGAUGGACAUCCCAUUCGGCUUCCAUUAUUGCAGGCACAACCAGUCACAAAGGCACAUGAACUUCACCUUAUUGAUGCAUAUUUUACAUUCGUCCAUGGGAUCACUCCAAUGAUAGAUGAGGCAGAUUUCCGAAAGCGUUUUGCCCAAGAUGAUCAGCCGGUUCGCGAUAGAGGUCCCUGGUUAUCCUUGUUAAAUAUGGUUCUUGCGAUGGGGUACAUUGCUAGUACGUCAGCCGAUCAUGAUGGCCACAAUUUCUACUAUAGGCGCGCAGCGGAUUACUUGAACCUGCGCUGCUUAGGCUCGGGCCAUCUCUAUACGAUUCAGGCGUUAGCAUUGCUCGGAGGGUACUAUUUACAUUAUCGGAAUCGUCCAAACAUGGCAAACGCUAUCCUCGGGGCCACAAUGAGAAUGGCUACGGCCAUUGGGCUCCAUCGCGUAGAGUCUCUUGCACACAGACCCGACCAUGAUGCAUCAGAUUCUAAGUAUAUAGUUGAUACGCGAGUGAGGACAUGGUGGUCGCUCUUCUGCUUGGAUACGUGGGCCUCUACAACCCUUGGUCGGCCAAGUCUCGGACGCGGGACGCCAGUGUCAAUCAGUACUAUACGACCACAGGAGUAUUUGAAUGUAUCACUUUACGCCAAUGAAGUGUUCUGCGGAGUUGCGACUCGAAUUCAAGAUCGUCUGGUGCAGACUUCAACCAUUGCUAUAUCAGAAAUUGAGGAGCUGGAUGCGGAACUUGUCCGCUGGUACUCGUCUCUGCCAAGUAUAUUUCUUGAAAAUAUUGACCAGUGUCCACCUUCGCUUCGCGCUGCACGGGGUCUUCUCCGAUGCCGAUAUCUCACAUUGCAAAUGACGUUAUACCGCCCUCUUGUUCUGAUACGAGCUCUCCAGCGUCACUCUCAAGCAGAGUCUCAUCACAGUCAUGAUCUCUUCGUAACUAGAUGUCGCUCGCUAGCUAUUGAGACUAUUGAAACAAUCUCUAGGGACUGGUUUCCAAAUCAAAUUUCGGCAUGGAACAGUGUCUGGUACUUGUUCCAAGCAUGUCUCGUCCUUGUUCUCAGCGUACUCUCUGAACCAGACCACACUGCUCGGCCAGUAUGGGAUGAGCAAAUCAGGCGUUCAUUGGAUUUACUCACCGAAAUGGCACCUUGGAGUCCCGGAGCUGUGCGAAGCAGCGAGGUGAUUCGCUUCCUGCAUGACACACAGAGCCAAAGCCAAGAGUCAAGUUUGGUGGAGACAAAUCUAGACUUUUUCGAUUUUGAGAAUUCCUUUGGGGAUUUAUGGAAUAUGGACGAGUUCUAUGGUGAUGUCGCCUGGGAUCUGUCAUCAGAUCCGCCAUUAGAUCCGCUAUUUAUAGGCGAACUUUAUUCUGCUUCUGGGCAAUAUGGUGAUUUGCAGGGCAGUUUUGAACAUCGACCUUGA